ACACUGUUUGUGAAAUGACAACACGUGCAUGAAAAAGUCAAAACAUUAAAUGCCGCUUUGAUUUCGCACUUCUGUUUUUCAUACAACAGACUUCUCAAAUAUCUGCUAUAAACCCCAUUUGGAUAACAUAAAAAAUGCCACAAUUUAAACCGCUCAAUACAAAGAAGUACAUCAAGACCGGGAAGGUCGUAACACCGGAUACUCUAUACUGGAAGCAAUUAAGUGUACCUACUCUGGUAAAAGAAUUCGGCGCCAUUGACUAUGUGGACUUCAGUCCGAUAGAGCCUCAUUAUUUCGCUGUGACUUGCUCAGUGCGUGUGCAAGUUUACAACCCUAUCACAAAAUUGGUGGUGAAAAAUUUGUCCCGCUUUCAAGAAACUGCUUACGGAGGUACAUUUCGACAGGAUGGCCGUCUGCUUGUAGCUGGCGAUGAGCAAGGCUUUCUCAAACUCUUCGAUUCGUCCAGCAAAAAUGUUUUGCGUCUUUUUAAGGGACACAAAGCGCCGGUACACCGCGCACAAUUUACACAGGAUCUACUGCAUAUAGCUAGUUUCUCGGAUGAUCGUACGGUUAAAUUAUGGGACAUUGGGACUGAGAAAACUACGCUUACUUUUGCAGAGCAUGAGGAUUAUGUGCGCGCUGGCGCGGUAAAUCCCAUGUCACCAGACACAUUAAUAUCCGGUGGUUACGACGGUAAAAUUAAGAUGUAUGACACACGUACACAAAACGUUUCGUUCAGUAUUGAUCAUGGGAGCCCAGUUGAAUCUUUGCUGUUUCUGCCAACGGGUGGUAUAUUUAUCAGCGCAGGUGGUACAGAAAUGCGUGUGUGGGAUGCUUUCGCUGGAUGUCGACUUUUAACGAAAGUAUCACAACACCACAAAACCAUUACAAGUCUACGUCUCGGUUCCAAUGGGAAGCGUAUACUUUCUGGGAGCUUGGAUCGUCAUGUCAAGAUCUAUGAUGUCGCAACAUACCAAACUGUGCACACGCUUGAUUUCCCCAACGCCGUGCUGAGUCUUGGAGUUGCGCCGGGAGAUCAAACUGUUGUGGCGGGUAUGGUAGACGGGCUUAUUUCAAUACAAAAUAUGGAAAUAGAUCGCAAUAAAGAAGCGAAACCAAAACGUAAUGCUAACAAACAGCGCCGGCUGACUUCGAUGAAAGUGGAUCACAAUAUCCGUGAUGAAAAGACACCGAAGCUAUAUUCAUAUGACAAUCUCCAUUUAUGGUGAAAUUUGUUAUUUUUGCCAAACGAAUUUCCACGACAGAAGCCAAGCUUUCCGUCUUCUGUAUGACUGA